AUGUUGACCAAAACAGUGGUCGAUAAUCAAAGGGACUGGGCAGACAAGCUAUUAGAAACACUUUGGGCCUAUCGCACAUCUAUCAGGAGAAGUACACAGGCGACACCCUACUCCUUAGUCUACGGUCAGGAAGUAGUACUUCCAAUGGAGAUAAAAGCUAUAUCCUCCAAAGUGGCCUCCGCAAUGGGUAAGAAAAUCAAGCCAGAGGACUUAGAUACAUUACUUGCAGACAAACUUGAGGUAGUGGAUGAAAUUAGAGAUACAACCUCACAGAAGCAAAUCAAGUACAAACAUACCCUAGUUAACAAUUUCAAUAGAAACUUAAGGUCUAGAAGCUUCAAAGAAGAGGAUAAAGUAUUGAAGACUGCUCUCAAUCUUAGACAAGGUAAGUCUGCAGGAAAAUUUGCACCAACAUGGGAGGGGCCUUACUUGAUAAAAGAAGUCCACAAUUCGGCCUACUAUGUAUUAAAAACUGUAGGCAUAGGUGAGGAUGAUGAAAUCAUAAAUGGUUACUGGUUGAAACCUUACUUUGAUUAG